CUCUACCAGGAAGUACGGGGUACUGUCCAUACACUUCAUUGGUACUGUCUAUGGCUACUGCUUUAGCCGCCCUGCCGCCGCGGUGCAUUCUGGGAGCAGUUACUUGAUCCAAGAUGGCGGCGAGCAGGAGGCUGCAGAAGGAACUUGAGGAACUGCACAAGUCUGGAAUGAAAAAUUUCCGUAACAUCCAAGUUGAUGAAACAAACAUUUUGACUUGGCAAGGGCUUAUUGUUCCUGACAACCCCCCGUACGACAAAGGAGCGUUCAGGAUCGAGAUCAUCUUCCCUGCCGAGUACCCCUUUAAGCCCCCCAAGAUCACCUUCAAAACCAAGAUCUACCACCCCAACAUCGAUGAGAAGGGCCAGGUUUGCCUGCCGGUGAUCAGUGCGGAGAACUGGAAGCCAGCUACCAAAACUGACCAAGUAAUUCAGUCCCUGAUCGCGCUGGUGAACGACCCGCAGCCAGAGCAUCCCCUGAGGGCCGACUUAGCAGAGGAAUACUCAAAGGACCGUAAAAAAUUCUUUAAGAACGCAGAAGAGUUUACAAAGAAACAUGCCGAAAAGCGACCAGUGGACUAACGCUUGACAAGUGUGUACCCCUUCCUGUCCCAGCCCGUACCCCCCUUUCUCCCUCCUGCCCUGUACCCCCCCCCCCCCCCACUCCCACCCCCUCCCCCUCCCACACCCCCGCACACACUCACGUACACGUCAUUCUAGCAGACCCGGAGCAGUGCAUCUGUCGCUCGCACCUCGACCUUCAAGCAGGACUUUGUGGAUCAGAAAAGUCUCGUCUCUGCUGUUAGCUUGAGGCCGUUACUAACUUUCUACUGUUUUCUUAAAUUAAAAAAAGAGACAAAUGGUUAGAGAACAACCUGUUAAGAUGGGGAAACAAAAAGUAGGAAAUGUUCUGCUCUUUGUUUAAAAAUCACAGCUUGAUAAUAGUGCACUUCUGAUGUAGACGUUAUUGACUGUUUUCAAAGUGAGAUUCAAAGCCCUUUGGGAAGGAGGUCGUUAUUAAUCCUUUUCUUUUUCCCCAUCUUCAGUCUCACAUUUUGUGUCCUGCCCUUCCCAGAAAGAAUGUGUCUUACUUUCAAAAUGACAACACCUAAAACAGCGAGCAGAAGGUCCUGGAGGCGUCUAAAAAGCUUCAUGUAUAUUUUUACUUUGAUUUCUGAAGUGGCACUGUGUUCUAUGGAACAACCUUUUUAAGUUUCCCUAAAAUUCAGUUUGUAACACUGAUUAAUCAAAAGAAUGCAGCCUAUUUACCAAUAUUGUUGCAAAUUACAAUGUCCCAAAAAUUAUAAAAAAGGAGGAAAAAAAAUUGUGUGUGAUUGAACAUAAUUAUGUUUUUAAAAGGUUUUUGUUUUGAUUUUUUUGUGGAUUGUCAUUUUCUCAUAAUUUCAAGGAAGCGUAUGUCCUUUUUCUUUCUGUUUUGCCUUGGCCACCAUCACCCAAAGCUAUAAAACUUCACCAGUUGUGUUCUUAACACGUGGCAUUAAUUUUCAAAAACUUACUUUGAAAGCAACUACAUUUCAGCAGGGAAGUUAAUUAGAAUGACCCCUCUUCUGUUUUGUAACUCCGUGACCUAGAUGUAGAAAGUAAAUUCAGAAGUCUAGUCAGGAUUUACCUUUAUAUUUUUUACUUAUAAAAAAAUGCAACUCAAAUAAUUGCUUUUAACAGCAGUAGAAAUGCAUGCUUCAUCUGUAACCCCAGUGCAGUAUUUACAUUAGGGAUUCUGCAUUAUGGUAAAGUAUCUGGAGUCAGUGUCACUGCCUUUGUGACAGAACAGUUGACAGUUGUAUAUUUAAUGGUUAAGCAGUUUUAUUUAUUUUUUUUCCUCUCCCAAGUGCUUAUGUCCAUAGUGUAUUUAUUGAAUUGGGAUGCAUGUGAAUGAUCUUAAAUCUACUCCCCAUUUGAUGUGCUAAUGCACAAUGCCAUCUUCUCCUACCCCAUUGUCAUUUUAUGCAGUGCUUACAUUGUUUUUGAGUAGAAAAUUGCUUUCUCUUAAAAGUUCCCCUCGUAUAAUUCUAAAUGUGUGUAUACAUACCUGCAUACAUACUGAAGUACCCCUUCACUCAGAGGCAGCCGCUCUGUAGGGCAUGGAGUUCGGCUUUUGAAUCCUGACAUGGUGUCGGUCGGGAGUCGGGACAGUGCACUGAACAGAGGCUGGGGGGUAAGGGGGGGUGCAAAGACUUUUGUUCUGGAAAUAAACGGAACUGUACAUUAAGUGUAAUUCUGUAAUUUAGCCCCAUAUCUGAUAAUAAAGCAGGCUAACCAUUUAACCUUUUGCUGGUGACAGCAUUUUUCAGACGGAGUGCGAACACUGGGAGGGGUGGGGGCGGGGGGGUAGGGCGUGGCAGAAGGGGUUUUCCUGGCCGUUGUCCCCGGCUCCACUCGAGUGGGGACCCUCAAACUAGGGACCCUCAAACCGUGGGGACCCUCAAACUGGGACAUCCUCAGGGGACACUCAGCCCCGUAGUUUGGGUGGAGUCCUGUGACACAGCUUAUACAGCGGGGGUGUCACAACAGCAUCGGCGUAGUCAUGACGACAUUUCAGCCGCAUUUCCGGGUCUAGAUGAUUACCUCAGCAGCCUGGCCUGUUCCGCCAUCUCAGACACGAGCCAGCUAUCCCAUCAACCCGCUGGCUACGUUUGCAAAGCAGUGAAGAAAAGCAAUUUUCCCCCCUUCAGAUUUCACGUUUUUGCCUUGGUUAAAGCUGACCCCCCCCCCCCGCCAUCACCUGCAUGUUUGUGUUGCUUUGCUUUACACUCAUUUACUUUUUUAACAAAGUCAAACUUCACACUGCGCUUGGGCCCAGCGAAUGAGAGCAGAUUGUGGAUCAGGUCCCCCUUCCCUCACACACGAUGCUUUUUCACCAGAGCUGGGGGGCCCCAAUGCCGCGUUCCAGGUGCCAAGGAGAUUUAAGGGAGUCUGACAUUUUUCCAGCUUCAAUCUUAUUCUAGAUUUAACUAUCCCGGUGUUUUACAGAAAGGAUGUGGAAGUGAGGUUAACCAGGCCAACUAUGGAGUUGAGACUGCUGUAUACAAAUAAUCAAGUCAUUACCUGGGGAUGGGUGGGGUCCAAUUUUCUUUAAUUUUAAAAAAAGUAUGUUACAUAGUUACCACUGGGGGGCAGCAGACUCAGAAACGCAGGCUCUGGAGGUGAUUAGACCAAACCGAAAAAGCUCAGUCUUCAAUAUCUGCAACCUAUUAAAAUCUGACUUGAACUGA